GUCUGGGGCACAGAGAGGGGAUGGGGAUACAGCGGGACCGCUGCAGGACACAGCAAAGGACGGGGGAUACGGUGGGAUUCACUUGUGGCAAAAAAAGGGACCGGGGUGUCAGUAGGACCUGUUUGGGGCACACCAAGGGAUUAGGGGGCAAUGGAGAUCCACAGAGGGCACAGCAAGUGUCAGAGAGGGCAGUGAGAUACAUGUGGGGAGCAGCAAGGGGAUGGGAACAGAGUGUGGUCAUGUGGAGUGCAGCAACUGUCCAAGGAGAGAGACAGUGGCACCUUUGUGGGACACCAUGAGGGUCUGAGGACACACAAGUGGGACUUGUGAGGGGUUGAGAGCAAAAUGGCGCCCACGCAAGGCACGGCAAGGGAACAGGAUCUGGUGGGACUCGGGGGUGCAGCAGGGACUGGGCAGAGUGAUACCUGUGGUGGGGCAUGGCAAGGGGCCAAAGGGAGAGUGGGACCCCUGUGGAGCUCUAGGAGGGGCUGGAGGCACAGUGGGACCCCUGUGGGACACAGGGAGGGUGGGGAAAAUGAGCUCUGUGUGGGGUGCAGUGAGGACUGAGCACAUUUUGUCGCAGUGGGGCUGGGGGAGCAGCAGGACCUGCACAGGAGGCGAGUUCACAGGGGACAAGACAGAACCUGAGCCCCUUCCCAGACCAAACCCUGUGUCAGUGGAGGGGCCAGGAUGCAGCAGGAGGAGGGGGCAUAGUGCCUCCCUCCCAGGCCCCCAGUCCAGUCAACAUUUGCCAGCAAGAGCUGGGGCAGACCCCCAGCCUGCUUGGUGGGAUAGGUGCUGUGAGGGACACCCUGUGGGACCACCCCACCCUCUGUGUUAGCAGGAUCAGAGUGACCCAGGCAUGUCCUUGGAGGCUGAAGGUGAUGGAGGGGAUGUGGCUCUCUGGAGGACAGCAUCAGCUGUGCUUACAUACCUAGAGAACCAUGGUGCCACCAUACCUAGGUGACUGUGCCGUGGCAGAGCCCCCCAGAGUGGCACCUGGGCACCCCAGGCUGUGCCUCGCCCCUGCUGCACCCCCAGGAUGGGGCUGUGAUUGCCCCACCCUGCUGAUGGAGGGAUAAAUCAAUUUGUUGCCUUGCGAGUGCCCCAGGAGAGCAGCUAUAUUGGGAGCGGGAGGAAAUGGAGGGGCUUGCAGAGGCAGCUGGAGAGCAAGGGCAGCCUGAUGCUCUUUCAUUAUUGAUGAGCAGGGUGUAUCAAUCCUGGAGUCAGCCACUCUGCAAUGCUUCUUAAUGGAUUCUGAGAUGCUGUGUCAUUAGGAAGGACAUCUAGCCCGGAUAAGUGGAGCCAGAUGGGCCAGCAGGACUUGUGUCCAAGGCUGGGCAGGACCAGGCUGCAGGGGGGAGGUACUUUGGGGUGCUGCACUGGGUUCCCAUCAGGAUUGAGGCCAGUGAGGCUGAGUCCAUGGCUGAGUGUCCCAUGGCUGCCCCACUGGGAUGGGAGCUCUUGUGUGUGCCAUCACCAGCCAUGGGGUUCAGAGCUUCUUAUGGGGUGAGGGCAAAGGACUCAGCAGGGAGAAGGGCUGAAAGCAGGGAUUCCCGUCAACAUUUCCAUCUUGGUGCCAUAAAUCACCCCAAUGGGAAUCAAUCCCUCCUGGUGCAGGCAGGGGGUUGUGGCUGCUGGGGGAGAAGACCAGACAUGGCAGAGACCCAAGAGCUUUCUAAGCUGGGGUUGUAGUAUCACAGAACCAUGGAAAGGCUUGGGUUGAAAGGGACAUUAAAGAUCAUUUAGUUCCAUGCCCCUGCCAUGGGCAGGGAUGUUGAGAGGGUCUGAGCCUCUCUGGCCACAGCUCAGAGUUGGUGCCAGGGUGUGGGGCUGAGUGCUUGGCCCCACAGAGGUGGGUGCUCAGGGCUACAGAGGUGGUUGUAGGUCCUUUCCUAGCCCAGGUGUGUGGGACAGGGAAUGGAGACUUGCAGGGCUGUCCCAGGGGUCGGGACUCCUGUGUGGAAUAGCAGGGUCUUCAGCUGCAUCCAUGUCCAUGACCUGCAAUAACUCCAUGUAUCAUCCCUCUUGGCACCACCUUCCUUCUCCCAAGUCAUGGGCAGGAGUUUGGUGAACAUUUCCUAGAGAAAGCUGCUUCCCUGCCCCUCUGUGCAUCCCCAGCACUGCUGGUUCUGGACAUUCACAAGUCUAAUGAGCGGGCACGAGGGGGGGUGGGAUUGCCCCUCUCACUGGUGCCUGGACGACGUGCAGGGGCCCACGUCUCUCCUGCCAUUUGCAAAAGCACUGAUAUAAUUAGAGCUGUGGUUGAGGGAAUUACCGGAGCAUCUGCCUGCAAAAAGCCCAGGUGCCCUGCCUGGGGAGAUGGCUGGGUGGUGCUGCUGGAGGGAGUGCAUUUAGCCUUCACCCCUGCACUCUCCCUGAGCCAGGACCGUGGUCUCUGUGCUGCAGUUCCCUGUGCUGGUGGGAUUGCUUGAAAGUGGGAUUUUCUGCCUGAACCUGGGAUUUGCCCUCAUUUCAGGAUUGUCUUCCAUCAUGCAGGGGUCAGGCAGUGUUCUGCCACCUCAUCUGCAUGCUCGUGGUCUUACCCCUUCCCUGGGACCUGGCACUCUGCCACCUACACCAGAGACACCCCCUGAAUAAAUGUCAGGGGUCUGGAUGCACUCCAACCUUGCAGAACUUCACUCCUCUUCUUCUGGGUGAUGCUGAGGCUGCCUUUGGCCAUUUGCCGGCCCCUGGGGCACGUGUGAGCCCCCUAAGGCGCUGCUGGCCACGUAGGAAGCUGCCAGCUGGAGGCAGCUGCCUGCCUUAGGGAGAGCCCCAAGCAGUGACCCUUCCUUCUGCACAGCUCAUGCAGCCUGUCCCCAGGGAGCCGUCUAGGCGCCGUCCAUCCCCUUGCCUGGUGGCCUUUGACCAGGCAGGCUUUCGCUGCCGCCGCAGGGGCUGGCUGCCCGCAGUGUCCCACCAUCUGCCACCAGCUGUUGUGGCUCCCCUGUGGCUCCCUUUCCUUGGGGCCUGCAGUGUGAUGGGGAGGGUCCCGUCUAUGUUCUCGGGGGGAACCCUCAGGCUCUGUGUGUCGGGGAGGUGCUGAGCUGUCCACCCUGGAUGAGAAUGGGGACCUUUCUUGAUGCAGGACUAGCAAAGUGGAGAAGCCAAGAGUGUUUAUUUGAAGUAUUGCAGCAUUCAGAGGGAACCAUUUCAAAGCCUGAAGCAGGCUCUUGCUCACACGCAGCCCACGGUGCUGCGAUUUCUCCCUCCCCCGUGCCCAGGAGCAGCUCCCCACCUUGCUGUGGAUUCCCUGUGCCCAAGGGGGCUGUGCUGGGUCUCUUCUCCCACCUGUGGGCUUCCUCCCUGCCCCGUGGGUGACGCUGCCAGCCCUGCUGCCCACAUGGCUGGGUGCCUGCGUGGCUGGGUGCCUUCCAGCAGCAGAGACCUCUUCCCGGAGUGCGGCGCUUCCUUGCUGUCCCCAUCUCCGCCACCCCCGGGUCCAGCCGGGGCGCUGGGCCCCAUGCAGAAGAGCUGUGUGUCGGGGCCAGCGCCCAAGCGUGACAUUCCUCCAGCACCCGCUGCCGCCGCCUCCUCCGUUGCUCAAUCCCGGGUUCCCAGCCAGACUGGCUGGAGCGGGGGCCCUGGUUUUUCCGGGGGGAGGGAGGAGGCAGUGUCAGGAUCCUCAGCAAGGGCACGGAGGGCCCCUGCUCGGGGGGUUCGGACACUUUCAGCUGCCCGUCCCCACAGCCUGCGAUGCUCUGCGCCAGCGGCGAGCCGGCCCCACACAGCCCUUGGGUGGGCAUCCCCUGGGGGCUGGCCGAGCCCCCAGCAGAGGGUGGGGGCAGGUGGGACGUCCUGACGGGGCCCGGGCACCCCCUUGCCGUGUGGGUCACACCGGCGAGAUGCUCUGUUUCCAAUUAGCGGCCGCCGAAGGUGCUGGAAUCUGGGAACCUGCGCAUUCCUGCCGCACAGACAGCCGGCCACGAACCCAAACAUGGGUUUGUCCCAUUCCACAGCCCGGGUUCCCCAGGGGCCUCCGGCGCGCGGCUCCAGUGCCUCUCCCAGCCCCCCUGAUUCCGUGGCUAGGGCUGGCAUGGAGCAGCACGGAAGCUGAUGCGGGGGGGAACAUCCUCUGGCUGGCUUUGGCUGCAUCAGGUGGUGUAUCUCUGUGGGCCGCCGGAGAUGCUGCGGCAGAUCAUGCAGCUGGCGCAACAGGAGAACCUCACUAACGGCGACUACGUCUUCUUCUACCUGGAUGUCUUCGGGGAGAGCCUGCGGGGCGACUCUGCCCGUGACCCCUUCAAGCCCUGGCAGGAGAGCCCGGGCCAGGACUCAGGACUGCGUGAGGCCUUCCAGAUGGUGCUGGUGAUCACCUACUAUGAGCCCCAAAACCCUGAGUACCAGCAUUUCCAAACCCAGCUCAUUCUGCGAGCUAAGCAGAAAUUUGGGGUGCAGCUCAACUACUCCCUGAUGAACCUGGUGGCGGGGUGUUUCUAUGAUGGGAUGCUGCUGUACGCCAUGGUGCUGAAUGAGACUCUGCGUGAGGGCGGCUCCAAGAAAAACGCCACCCACAUCAUCGAGAAGAUGCGGGACCGCAAGUUCCAGGGCGUCACAGGGCUUGUGAGCAUGGACAGCAACAAUGACCGGGACACUGACUUCAACCUAUGGGCCAUGAGUGACCCCAAGACCGGGCAGUAUGAGGUGGUGGGACACUACUCGGGUGUGGAGAAGCAAAUCCACUGGCUGGGACGACCCAUCCCCUGGGUGAAGGGGGCUCCCCCCUUGGACAACCCUCCUUGUGUCUUUGAUGUGGAUGACCCCUCCUGUGAUAAAACCGCCCUCUCUAUGCUGGCCAUCGUGGCUUUGGGCACUGGCCUCACCUUUGUCAUGUUUGGCAUCUCCAGCUUCCUCAUCUUCAGGAAGCUGAUGCUAGAGAAGGAGCUUGCCAGCAUGCUCUGGAGGAUUCGCUGGGAUGAGCUGCAGUUUGGAAGUCCUGAGCGGUACCACAAGGCAGCGGGCAGCCGGCUCACCUUGUCCCUGCGUGGCUCCAGCUAUGGCUCCUUGAUGACCACUCAUGGCAAGUACCAGAUCUUCGCCAACACCGGCCACUUCAAGGGCAAUGUUGUGGCCAUUAAGCACAUCAACAAGAAGCGCAUUGAGUUGACGCGGCAGGUGCUCUUCGAGCUAAAGCAUAUGCGAGACAUCCAGUUCAACCACCUGACCCGCUUCAUCGGGGCGUGCAUCGACCCCCCCAACAUCUGCAUCAUCACCGAGUACUGCCCACGGGGCAGCCUGCAGGAUGUCCUGGAGAACGAGAGCAUCAACCUGGACUGGAUGUUUCGCUACUCUCUCAUCAAUGACAUUGUCAAGGGAAUGGCCUUCCUGCACAACAGCAUCAUUGGCCAUCACGGCAGCCUCAAGUCAUCCAACUGCGUGGUGGACAGCCGCUUCGUGCUGAAGAUCACCGACUAUGGCCUGGCCAGCUUCCGCUCGCCCAGCGACAGCGAGGACACACAUGCGCUCUAUGCCAAGAAGCUGUGGACAGCCCCAGAGCUGCUGCAGAAGGGACACCUGCCCACCCCGGGCAUGCAGAAAGCUGAUGUCUACAGCUUCGGCAUCAUCGUGCAGGAGGUUGCUUUGCGCAAUGGCCCCUUCUACAUCGAGGGCAUGGACCUGAGCCCUAAAGAGAUCGUGCAGAAGGUGCGUAACAGCCAGAAGCCCUUCUUCCGCCCCUCCAUCGACAUCGGGGUGCACAGCGAGGAGCUGGCAGUGCUGAUGGAACGCUGCUGGGCGCAGGAGCCGGCCGAGCGCCCGGACUUCAGCCAGAUCAAGAUCUUCAUCCGUAGAUUCAACAAGGAGGGAAGCACCAGCAUCCUGGACAACCUGCUGUCACGCAUGGAACAGUAUGCCAACAACCUGGAGAAGCUGGUGGAAGAGAGGACACAGGCCUACCUGGAGGAGAAGCGCAAGGCAGAGAACCUCCUCUACCAGAUUCUGCCCCAUUCUGUGGCAGAGCAGCUGAAGCGUGGUGAGACAGUACGGGCUGAGGCUUUCGACAGUGUCACCAUCUACUUCAGUGACAUCGUGGGCUUCACCGCCCUCUCGGCAGAGAGCACUCCUAUGCAGGUCGUGAUGCUGCUGAAUGAUCUCUACACUUGCUUUGAUGCCAUUAUUGACAAUUUUGACGUCUACAAGGUGGAGACCAUCGGGGAUGCCUACAUGGUGGUCUCAGGGCUGCCGGUGCGCAAUGGGAAGCUGCACGCCCGGGAGAUUGUCCGUAUGGCCCUGGCCCUGCUCGAGGCUGUCAAAACCUUCAAGAUCCGUCACCGUCCCAACGACCAGCUCCACCUGCGCAUCGGCAUACACACCGGUCCCGUGUGCGCCGGAGUGGUGGGUCUGAAGAUGCCGCGGUACUGCCUCUUCGGGGACACAGUGAACACCGCAUCCCGCAUGGAAUCCAACGGCCAGGCCCUGAAGAUCCAUGUCUCAUCUGCCACCAAAGAAGUCCUGGAUGAGUUCGGCUGCUUUGAGCUGGAGCUGCGUGGCGAUGUAGAAAUGAAGGGCAAGGGAAAGAUGCGGACAUACUGGCUGCUGGGUGAGAGGAAAGACCCUUAA